AUGGCCAAUUACGAAUAUUCGUCAUACUCAUCGUCAAGCGGCGGCGGUGCUGGUGGACUUGAUGCUUCAGGAGCAGUCUUCUCAAAUGUUGAUGCCAACAAGGAUGGUGCAAUCGAUCGAGCUGAAUUUGCCAAUUGGCUCGGUGGUGGUGCCGGUGGUGCUGGCGGUGUUGCAUUCGGUGGUGGUGCCGGUGGUGCUGGCGGUGUUGCAUUCGGUGCUGGUUUAGGAGGAGCUGGUGGUAGUUACGAAUCAUCAAGCUAUUCAUCCGGAGGUGCUCUUGGUGUUGAUGCCGGUCUUGUCGGUCUCGGAGGUGCUUCCUCUUUUGACUCAGCAUCCUACUCAUCAGGUGCUGGCCUUGAUGUUGGUCUUGUCGGUGGUGGUGCUGGUGGUUUUAUCGGUGGUGGUGCUGGUGGCCUCCAAACAGCAGGAUAUGAAACAGCUGCUGGUGGUUAUGAUAUUGCAGGAAUUAACCAAGCAGCUGGCUAUACAGCUGAUACCAAUGCUGCCUGGUCACGAUAUGGUGCCGAAGUACGUGGCGCUGGUCUCUAUGUCGAUGCUAACCCACAAAUCAUUCGACGACAAGCACCAGGUGGUGUUCAAACCUAUACACAAAACAUCAGAGUCCGCUUCCUUCAACCACCACCUGUUCCACCUCCAGGCCCACUCAUCAUCAGAGAAGUGCGCCCACCUCAACCACCAGUUCCCCCACCACUUCGCAUCAGACAACAAGCACCACCUCUUCCACAACCUCCUCCACUCGUUCUUCGUGAAAGACCACCACAGCCACCAGCUUCUGUUGCUUCACAAACAGUUAUUCGAAAACUUGCUGCUUUACCCGUACCUCCACGAUCAGUUGUCAUUGAACGUCUUCCAGCUGCUCCACCCCGACCACGUGAUAUCAUCAUUGAACGUUGGGUUCCAUAUGGUCCUGCUGGCAAACGACAAACUAUUGUUCAAAGAGCUGCAGCAGCCAAAGGAUAUGCUGCACCACGUAAUGUUAUCAUUCAAUACGACCAAACUCCAGUUCGUGUUGUCCGACAAUUCGUACGAUUGGGUGUUGCUCAAGAAAAUCCAGCUGCUUACGUUCAACGAUGGGGAGGAGCUUUACUUGAUUCUCACACUCUUGUUGCACAAGCUCGUGCUGCUGGUGUUGUUGAAGAUAUUUCUCCUCCAGCUGGUGUUGCAGCUGGCUUUAGUGCAUCAUCAUUUGGCUCAGAUGCAGCCCUUGUUGCCGGUGGUGCCGGCGGUGUUGGUGGAGCUGAAUUUCUUACUGUAGGUGGUGGAGAUUUAGGUGGUGCUUCAUCAUUCUCAUCCAGCAGCUAUGAAUCCUCUACAGCAGGCGGAGUCGGUGGUCUUGUUGGUGGUGGAUUAGAAGGUUCUUUCGUUGGAGGAGGUGGUUUAGCUGGAGGAGUUGGCGGUGGCUAUUCAUCAGGCUUCGAAUCAGCAUCAUAUUCAUCAGGUGUCGGUGGUGCUGAAGGAUAUGGUGUUGGUCUUGGUCAUGGUGGUGCUGGUAUUGGUGUUGGUGGUGGUGCUGGUGCUGGUUUUGGUGGUGGUGCUGGUUUUGAUCUUGCUACUGCAUCUUUCAAUAGCGCCGAUACAAAUAGGGAUGGACGUCUUGAUGCUGGUGAAUUCCAAAAAUUCGUUCAAGGCGGUUUAUAA